AUGCCGAUCUUCCAGGAUCUUCCAGCCCAACAACAGUCUGAGUUGCUGGCCGAAGCGCAGGCGCUGGAAUCGGAGGCAGCGGAAGCCAACGCGGCCGGCCGCGCGUCCAGCAAGGUGUGGCCCGAGACGGUGUUCCGGCUGGAUAAUGGGGGACUGGCGUUCUUCAGCCAAUUGGGCGUGGUGCGCCGGCCCGACCUGACGCAGUACUUCGUCGAAGGGUUCACCCGCAAUCGGGACGCCCUAGCGUUCUCGGAGGAUAACCAGCGACUGUUCACCGAGGUAUUUGACCGAGUUUGCGAGAAGAUGGAGGCCCACUUCGCCAGCGGAGAGGGCAUCGUGCAGACCGACCGGCAGAUUUGCGACGCGCCAGGUCGGUCUUUUCAUGCGCGGCAACUGCUGUUCGGGACACGAUACAUGCAGGCGCCCUACAUGUGGCGCAGGCUCACCUUCGACCUGCCCCAAGAGCAGUGGCAGGAAGCGCCGGACAUCCUGGAGGUGUCGGUGCCCCACUGGAUGGACGACCUGGGACUGGAGGACGAUCUGAAAACCCAGUUGCGGGAGGCUGGCAUCACGCAACUGGUGUUCAAGGCGCCCACGCGCGGUCUCUCGCUGCACUUCGGGUUUGACUACGUGGGCGAGCACAAGAUGGGGCCGCUGUCCAUCGCCAUGCACCAGGUUAAGCAGAAAAACGGCCUGGCAGUACAGGCGGCGCUGAGCAUGGCGCGCGUGCGCAAGCUGGACGGGGACAUAUCCAAUACGGCGCUGGUUACCGUGGGUCCGUCGCUGCACGGCAAGAGCACGCUGACGAUCAUGGUGGAGCUGGCUAACAGCGAGUUGGCCGGAGUGCUGGAGCUGAAAACCGACCCCGAGGAAGGGGUCUACCCGAUGAACGACGACAUCGUGCUGCUGCAACCGCUGGAUGAUCCCGUCCCGAGCAACCGGGGCGGGCGGCGCGCGAUGAUCUCCCACGCCAUCGACGGCACCGAGAACAACUUCUACGCCGUGCCCUUCGGCCUGACGCGGGAUGACGAUCCCAUCACCUAUGACGUGUUGCGGGGUGCGCCGGGGGUCACUUCCCCCGACGAGACGCUGGAAAACGUGCCGGUUCACGUGGACAGCCAGGAACCCAACUACCUGGAAAACCCGGUCCGCAACAUGCGGAUGAUCCUGUCGCGGCGCGGCCUUUUGCAGCGCAAGGGCGCGGCGGGAAUCAUUUCGAAGAUCACCGGUGGCCGGUUGAACGAUUCCGUGCACGUGCCCAUGGAAAACACGGACCGGGUGUUCUGGCAGGAGGUGAUGCGGCAGAACACCGUGAUACCGCCGCUGCGCCGGCUGAGCCUGGAGCAGUACAUCCGGGUGCUGAUGUACGGCGAGGCGGUGCAGAUGGGAGCGGCGAUCGGCGCCAUCGGCCGGCCGUACGUCGAGUAUUUCUCGGACCCGUUCAUCAUCGGCCUGGAGGAUGAGAACGCCAACCUGUUGUACCACGUGCUGCAGCAGUUGGCCUGGGGCGGCAUGCCCCAGGAGUAUUACGCCUUCAACACCGGCGGCGUGGGCGCGGACAGCAACGAGGAGGCAUCCGGUUCACGUUACCGGAAGAUCCCCGAGAGCUGA